AUGAAUUAUUAAACAGUUUUAGAUUAGAUAAAAUGUUAUGAACCACAUUUUGAAGAUUACAAUUUUCUUGCUCUCUAAAAGGUUGAUGCUCAAUUAACAAUCACUAAUAGUUAUAUUUAUUAUGGUCAAUUAGUAAAUAAUAUGAGACAUGGAAAAGGUUAGAUGAGGAUCUCUAUGAGAUAGGUAUACUUUUAUAAUAAAAUGGACGUAAAUAUGAAGGUUAAUGGUAAAAUGACCAUAAAUAAGGUUAUGGUUGGGAAUAGUUAACCAAUGGUUCUUAAUAUGAGGGAAAUUAUUCAAUAGGGAAACCAAAUGGAUAAGGUAAAUUUACAUGGGCAAAUGGAGAAGUUUAUGAAGGACAAUGGAAUUCAGGUGUUAGAGAGGGUAGAGGUAUUAAAUUAAUUUAAAUAUAAAGGAACAUGGUAUGGUUUAAAGGGAUAAAAAUAUUAAGGGGAAUGGAUUAACAAUCUAGCAUGUGGUUAUGGAGAAUAUAUACAUAGUAAUGGAAAUCGAUAUGUCGGAAAUUUUAAGGAUGGGCUUAAGAAUGGAGAAGGUUUAGAAUAUUUUAGCAAUGGUGAUAGAUAUGAAGGGAACUAUUUAAAUGGUUAACCACAUGGUUAUGGAUAAUAUUAUUGGAGUAAUGGAACAUUAUUUUAAGGCUAUUUUAAAGAAGGAUUGAGAUGUGGUUAAGGGUUUUGGAAAAGAAGUGAAGAAUAAUCAACGGAUGAAUAUCAAGGAGAAUAUUAUGAAGAUAAAAAAAAUGGAUAUGGAAUUUAUAGAUGGUCAAAUGGAAAUGAAUAUCGUGGAAACUUUCUUAAUGAUUUUAAACAUGGAUAUGGUGAAAUACAUUAUAUUGAUGGUAAAAUACUCAAAGGAAAUUGGGAAUAAGGAAAAUUUGUGGCCGAGGAGAAUUACAAUUUAUCCAAAAAAACAUCACACUCAUUUGAUAAUCAAAUUAUUAAGAUAGUUAAUAAUUCUCAUUGUUUUAAUUAGAGUUUUUAAAAUUAAAAUAAAUUUAUAGAUAAUCAAUUCAUUAAUUGUAAUUAAAUUUAAAAUAACGUUUAUAAUGAUUGUGAAAAUGAAAAGUUAUGUAAUUCAUUUUCUGAUGUAACUAAUAAUAAUAAUUAAUGUAAAAAUAAUAGUAAUAAUGAUCCAGCUACAUCUUAAACUUUUAGGACAACUAAAACCAUUCGUAUAAGACAAUAUCAAAAAGAAAAAUCCAAAAAUAUGAGUUAAUAAACAUCUUAAAAUGGACCUUCUACUCCAAUAAAAGAGAUUUCAGAAAAGAAUGAAAAACAAAAAACAUAGACAAAAUUUUGUAUCAAAGUAUAAAAUAACUUCUAUCUUCAUCUACGUAGACCCAAAUGA